GGAGCGAGCGCGCGCGGUGCUCGGCGUGAUCGCGCGCGCGGCACGAUUCGAGUCGCCGCCGUCGAGGAACGUCGUACGCGCGGACGAGAGAGCACCUGCCGCUUUUUCUCGUAAUAUCGUAGCUAAAGCGAGCAGAAGAGAUUCUCGAACGAAAACGCAUCGUCGAGUGUGUUUUUAUAUCGAAGGAGGACACUACGAUUAGGAUGAACGCGAGAACAAUCUCGAUCUUCCUCGGGAUGAGCAGAACGAGAAGACAGAAGGGUUCGGUGAGCUGCUGAAGAGAGAAAGGGGGAAUCAAGAUUUUCUUCUUCUUCUUCUUCUUCUUUUUCUUCUUCUUCUCCUUCUCCUUCUCCUUCUUCUUCUGUUCCCUUUUUCUUUUUUUCAUUCGAAUCAUCGAAUUCUCUCUGUUAUUUCUUUUCCCCUCUUUCGUCACCUCCAUCCCUCGGUCUCGUAAGUGAAAAAAUGUUGGUGCCGCAGGAAAUGAUGGCGGCUCAGUCGAAGAUGCUUUAUCAAAUCAACAAGUAUUACGGAGAACGCGUGCAAGCACGUAUGGGACAGGUACAGAAGACGAUAAGAGAAGUUUGUAAGGUCGUGCAGGAUGUGUUAAAGGAGGUUGAGGUACAAGAGCCACGCUUCAUAUCCUCGCUGACCGAGUGCAACGGUCGUUACGAGGGUCUCGAAGUGAUUUCACCGGGGGAAUUUGAGGUGGUGCUAUACCUGAAUCAAAUGGGCGUCUUCAACUUCGUCGACGACGGCACCCUGCCGGGUUGCGCCGUUUUAAAGCUUAGCGACGGCCGCAAGAGGUCCAUGUCUCUUUGGGUAGAAUUCAUCACCGCGAGCGGUUACUUGUCCGCGAGAAAGAUCCGAUCGAGAUUUCAGACCUUGGUGGCCCAGGCCUGUGACAAGUGUACUUAUCGAGACUCCGUUAAAAUGAUAGCCGAUACUACCGAGGUGAAGCUACGUAUUCGAGAGAGAUACGUCGUUCAAAUCACACCGGCAUUCAAGUGUUCCGGCGUGUGGCCAAGAUCGGCAGCUCAUUGGCCGAUCCCCCAUAUUCCCUGGCCUCAUCCUAAUCUCGUCGCGGAAGUCAAAACCGAAGGUUUCGAUCUUCUUUCGAAGGAGAGCGUUGCUUUGCAAGGGAAACAAUCGGCGAUGGAAGGAGACGCCUGGGUGUUGAGUUUUACCGAGGCCGAGACCAGGCUCUUGCAGGGUGGCUGCCGACGCAAAUGUUUGAGCAUUCUUAAAACUCUCAGAGAUCGACACCUCGAUCUUCCUGGCAAUCCGGUAACGAGUUAUCACAUGAAGACCUUACUCCUUUACGAGUGCGAGAAACAUCCUCUCGAAGCCGAAUGGGACGAGGCUUGCUUGGCCGAUCGAAUGAACGGCAUCUUUUUGCAACUUAUUUCUUGCCUCCAAUGUCGAAGAUGUCCUCAUUAUUUUCUACCGAACCUCGACUUGUUCAAAGGAAAAUCACCCAGCGGCUUGGAAAACGCCGCCAAACAAGUUUGGAGACUGACCAGAGAAUUGUUGACCAACAGCCGUGCUCUCGAGAAACUUUAGCGAUCUUCCCUUAGAUGCAACAUAUCUUUCGUGAUACUUUGAAGAUAAAAGAAAAGACAAGUGUGCAUUAAUGAACUGUUCUUGAAAUAAAAGCCUCCCUUUAAUUCGCCGCAA